AUGGAGGACGAGGAGCGGCAAAAGAAGCUCGAGACCGGCAAAGCAAAGCUGGCCGAGUACCGGCAACGGAAAGCUCACGCGGAUUCCCAGAGAAAGAAGAAGAAGAAAAAGAAGUCUGAGGAGGAAUCGCAGGGAAGUGCGGAGCCGGAUCGCUUGGCGGAACGGGAUGACGACGCAGUCGGAGGCCAACACGGAACGCGGGAGUCACCGACUGUAUCCGAGCUGAGCUUUGCCAAGACGUUGCGCAGCGGGGAGACUGUCAAGCAUGAUCAGACCUACACCAUAGAGCCUGAAAGUGAAGUGUCAACAACAGCAGAAGAUUAUUCCUCUGAGCAGGUUAACGGCUGCCGUGAGAUGAUGACCAAUCUCAUGACGUCCUCCUCCGGGGAUUUUUUUUGGGAGGAGGCAGAACGAGAGGAGAUGAAGAGGGGAAAGAUGCAGGAUAUCGAGGAGGCGCUUGUCGCCAAAACCCGAGCAGUGGAGGAACUGAGUCAAGAGCUCGAAGAUAUACGGGCCGCAUUUGGAACGGAAGGUGUGCAGAAGCUGCAGGACUUUGAGGCAGCGCUGAAGCAAAGGGACGGCAUCAUCACACAGCUCACUGCCAAUCUCCAACAAGCUCGUGAGGAGAAAGAUGAAAUCAUGAAGGAGUUCCUGGCGUUGACUGAGCAAAGCCAAAAACUACAGAUUCAGUUCCAGCAGCUGCAGGCCGGUGAGACCCUUCGGAACACCAGCCACACCAGCACGGCUGCUGACCUUCUUCAGGCCAGGCAGCAGCUGGCGCAAUAUCAGCUACAGCUGGAAGAGGUCAAAAUGGAAGCUGGAAAGAACCAGGUGAAGAGCGACCAGCAACAAGAACUAAUUGGUCAGCUCCAGCGCAAAAUAGGCGACAUGGAGUUGUCAGGGAGAAGAUCAGAGGAGUCAUUCACACAAAAGCUAAAUGAGAAGGAUUUUCUCAUUGCCGAGAAAGAAAAGGUCAUCAUCAAUCAAGAUCAGUCUCUUGCCGAACUGAGAACAGCUGAAGAAAGUCUCGCCACCAUGCUGAAAGAGAAAAAUUUGCUGCUAUCCGAACAGACGGCUUCCUUGAAUCUGUUCCGUGAGGAAAUCGCCAUUUUGGGACGGUCGGCGAACGACAUUCAAGCAUCAGUUGAGAAGGACCUGAUCAUAGCAGAGCAAGAGAGAGUCAUUUCUGAACGGGAUUGUUCCCUUAGCCGGCUUGAGCAGGAGCUGGAGUCAUCUCGGCAAAGCCUGCGUGGCCUCCAACAGCGAGUGUCCGCGAAGGAAUCGGAGCUUGAAAAAUGCCUGGAGGACUUGCAGAACACUAAGUGUGAUUUAGAAAGCAGUAAAGGCGAAAUGGAGAGUUGUAAAUCGCACCUGGAGAAAGUGCAAGGUGACCUACAAAGCUGUCAAAUUGAGCUCAACAGUUCCCGGCAGAGAGAGAAAACGUCCUCAGAUGAGAUUAAGCAGCUGAUGGGAACGGUGGAGGAUCUGCAAAAGCGCUGUCACCGGGACAGCCUUUCAGAGGGUGACAUUGUCCAAAGAAUGCAACAGGAAACUGCCCAGAAGCUGGACCUUCUCAGGGCUGAGCUGGACGAGAUGUAUGGCCAGCAGAUUGUCCACAUGAAGCAGGAGCUCAACCUGCAGAACACGGCACGUAUGGAGCAAGCAACCGCAGAGCAUCAAGCAGAGAUGGAGCGACAGCUCCAUGAGGCGAAGCUUCUAAAAGAGCAAAACUUAACUGUCAAGGAAACACUCAAUGUUAAGAUUCAAGAGCUUCAAGCGGCAUUAGCACAAUCCGCAAAUGAAUUCAACAGAGAAAAGUUCAAUCUCCAGGCCGAGUUACAGAACCUCCGCGGCGAUCUCCGUUCCGCUAAGGAAAAAGCCGAGUUAGCUUCCAACAGUCUCAUUUCGCAGGAGAGCCAACAAGAUGAGAUGCAGCGCCUUCUGGUGACUGUUGAAGACCUACAACGCCAGCUGGCUGCUGCUGGGGAGGCGGCGCUGGAAGCCGAGACCCAGCACGAGUCUGAGACUACCAACUACAAGAUUAAACUGGAGAUGCUGGAACGAGAGAAGGACGCCGUGCUGGACCGAAUGGCUGAGUCGCAGGAAGCUGAGCUGGAAAGACUGCGAACGCAUUUGCUGUUCAGCCACGAGGAGGAGCUUACCCACCUCCGGCAAGAGCUCCGUAGAGAGAGCUUCCUCAAUGCUGAAAAUCUUCUCAACGAAGCUUCCGUCAAACACCAAAAAUCUCUGGAUGAUUUGCGUCGUGCCAAUGAAGACCAAUUGCAUUUGUUACAAAGGGAGAAAGUUACAUUUUCCAAUGAGCGAGAAGAACUCUUGCAACAGAUCAAUGGCUUGAAGGAAGAUCUCAAGAUGGCUUUGCACAACUCCAGAUCAGAUGAGCUUGUGCGGCAGCUGCAGGAGCUUCAGGUUGAACUGGAAGAUUUACGGAAGACCGGAGAGCAACGAGUCAGGCUGGAGAAUGAAAACGAAACGUUGCUGAAGAACGUUGAGGUUCUAGAAGAGAAAGAGCGCAAAUGGAAGGGACAGCAGCAAGAAAAUGAUUCAAAAAUGUUGGAAAUGGAAAAGGUCGUGUCUCAGUUAAGAGAAGAGAUCGAAAAGCAGCGAACAACAUUCUCCUUUGCUGAGAAAAAUUUCGAUGUCAACUACCAGGAGCUGAAAGAGGAAUACUCCUGCCUUAUAGAUGCAAAGACACAACUGGAAGAAAGGACGCUGAAGGAGGCGCUUGAAUUUCAGGCCAAAAUCGCUGGCCUCCAGUCACAAAUAGGAGAGUUGGAGGGUGAAAAUGUCAAAAGGUCUGCCGAGGCUGUAGAAAAAGCCUCAGAACUUACGGAGAAGCUUCACGUUACACUGCUCGAGAAGGAAAGCCUCACGGCAAAACUUUCUCAAGUCACUGAGGAACUGGUGGUUGCGGAGAACAAAACAGGUCAGCUAAGUGAAGAGCUGGAAGAGGUUAAAAGAAUGAGAGGAGAGGACCAUCAUGAUCAGAUUCGCUCACUCCGAGGAGAGGUCGAAUCUCUUCAGACUCUCUUGAAGGCCGCGGAAGCUGAAAGAGACAGCAUCCGGCGAACCCUUGAGCGACCCGUCGAAGGACGAGCCUCUCCACAGAAGCCCGUCACAGCCUCAGCGGGCUCCAACCGGCGUAAGAGGCGUCAGAGGUUGAAGCAGGAGCGCAGAGUGAGCGGCGGCGGCGGCCCCUUAGAGGCUGCCAGGCAAAGGGAGGAGGAGGAAGAGGAGGAGGAAGACGAAAGCAGAGCUACAAGUGCCGCAGAAUCAGAGAUGCAGACAGAGAGUCAGGUUCGCGGCGAUGAAACUGACGGCUGCCAGGGAGACAGCACCAUCAAACAGGGCGAGUGCAAGCUACAGAUGGAGGUGCAACGCAUAAGCUUGACUGAGCUGCUGCAGGAGGAGACAGACUGCCGGAAAGAUACUGGUGACCAAGAUAUAGACAAGCUCCAAAUGCUAAAGGCAGAGGCUUUGGAAAAGCAGGGUCACCUGGAGGAGAGUCAUCGGAUUGAGAUGGAGCGUCUCAGGGCUCAAUACAUGAAAAGCAACGCCGAGACAGAGGAGCGCUGCGCCGCUGAACUCGCAAUGCUACGGCGGCAAGUGCAGGAGCUAACGGACUCGCGGGCAACUGACAGUGGCCUACAGUCUAGCCAAGAGCAAAGCGAGGAACAUGAAGAGGAGCUAAAGGACCUUAGUGAUGAGCAGCUGUCCCGGUGGGUGUCAGGCUCCCGCUCAGGGUUGAGCGCCAAGCUGCAGGCGCUGAGGAAGGCACUGUACAAUGAGUAUAUCCAAGAAGUGGCCGCCCUCAAGGAGCAACACCGCACCGAGCUGAGCAGGCUGCGGCAGCAACUGGAGAGGGAGAGGACAGUAGAGCGACGGGAUACCAACGGCCUUGACGGAGGAGCAGUUAGCUCCUCGGAGACAGCCGGUGUUGCUGGGCAAAGCGAAUUGCGGAGGAAGCAGAGGGUGGAAGAGGAGGUCGCUAAGGCCAUCGUCCAGAUGUCGGUGGAGUACGCACAGCAGACAGAGUUGGCCCGCAUCAACAAGCUCGCCUGCCAGACCAGCGCGGCCAUGCAGACCCAGUCGGACGGUGAGGAGGACACACAAGAAAAAGCGUCGACCACGCUGAACUCCUGGUUAAAAGAGGAAAGGGAGUGCCUGGAGAAGGAGCUGCGGGAUAGAAAUGCUGAAAUCCAGAAGCUCCGGGAGAAGUUGCGGCGAGCUGAAUCGGGAGCAGAGAAGCCGCUACAAAUGAUAGAAGAUGGUGAAGGAAAAGUUGAAGAUGAGGACAGCGUGGAUAAAGACAUCGACAAGGACAAUGAAAGAACUGUCCUACGCCGUGCCAAUGAGAGACUCGGUCGUGUAUUGGCUGACAUCCUGAAGACCACGGCGGCGGCAGAAGAAACAAUGGGCCUCCACAUGCAAAGUCUGAAGGCUUCUUCCAGUGCAGGACUGCAGACCUCAACGCCCACUGCAUUACACAUCGCAGAUCUGUCUGGCAAGAGUUCACCUUACGAUAGCUUCCUCCUAGGGGAGGACGAGGGACAUCUGAUGGGCCUCAGCAGUCGUCUUCAAACUGCCUUGGAGAAGAUGCUGACUGUUAUCACUGACACCACCAAUCAGGUGGAACAUGCCCGCAUCACUCAGACGGAGCUCAUGCGUGAGUCUUUCCGCCACAACCAGGAGAUUAGCGAGCUCCUGCAGAAGCAAGAGGAGCUGCAGGAGCGCCUGGCUGAGGAGGCCAGGGCACGCGAGCAACUCGCCCUCGAGCUACACCGGGCAGAGGGUUUGAUUGACGGCUACACGGGUGAACGGGCUGCCCUGGAGGAGCAAUUACGUCAGAAGGAGGAGCUUCAGCUCAAUUUGGAGCAGGACCUACAGGUUACGGCAAGCCGACUGCAGGAACUUGAGCAGGAAAGGCUUCAAAUGCAGGAGGAGCGUGAGCUGGUAUCCCGGCAACAAGACGCCAUGCGAGAAACCGCAGGGCCCCGUGAACUUUGCCUAGUUGAAGCUGCAAUGGUUGCAGCACCUGAAGCAGAUCUGCUGGAAGAGACUGAGAAGCUGAUGAAGGAGAAGGUAGAAGUCCAACGUCAGGCCGAGAAAGAGAGUGCAGACUUUCUAAAACAGAUGAAGGUGCUGGAAGCCGAGCUAGAGGAACAAGUCAACCGGGUGAUCGAGCUGGAGCAUGCCCGCGAGACCGAGACCGGGGACCUUCAGCAACAGAUCCAGGCUCUGGAGAAGCAGCUGGACAAAAACAGGCGCUUUCUCGAUGAGCAAGCUGUGGACCGAGAACACGAGCGCGACGUCUUCCAAAAUGAGAUUUCCGAGCUAGAGCAACAGCUAAAGAACCAGCAGAAGCUUCCAAGUGGCUCAGAGCAAAGAAGCCAACAGGAAGUAGAGCAGCUGAACUCUGUCAUCGAUAAACUUCAGCAGGACUUAGUCCACAUGGAGCGCAAGGAUGACGUCGAAGCCCACGUGGGAGAGGAAUACGAGGAGAUGAAGCAGAGGAUGGACGCGGUCACCAAGGAGUUCAGCGCCCUGAAACUGGAGCAUGCCGACCUGCUUGAGACGCACCAGCGUUUGAAGGAGAGUGCUGAGAACUCUGAGGAACUCGCAGAGAGUCUAAGACAAAAAACUGCCAGCCUUUUGGUGGCUCAGGCCCAAGUUCAAGCUCUUGAGAAAAGUGCCGCAUCCAGCUUGGACGAGCUCCAAGCACGCAUUCGGGAACUAGAAAACGAGAAAGACACUGAACUGAGCCGCUGUCAAAAGUUUUCUGAUGAGCUCCAGGUGAAAGUGUCCACUCUGGAGGAGCAUUUAAGGGAGAAGGUGGCCGCGGAGGUGGUCAGCCAGGCCACACUGGAUGCUCUUCAGCAGCAGGUGUCAAAAGAUCAGUCAGGUGACAAGGUGGGCCAACUGAACCAGAAGCUUGAUGAACUGGAGACAAGUUUGGGCGGCAUUGAGAAGAACAAUAAGCUCAGGAAGCAGCUGCUCUCCAGAUCCAAGGAGGAGUUGGCGGAGUACGAGAGGAGGCUGGUGGCGCUCGUGGAUCUCAUGAGACUGAUGGUUGGGCCACAACUGACGAUGACGGCAGAUCUAAAAGCCUCAGCUAGUGACCAAGCUCUCCUGUCAGAACUUCAACAAGCUAGAGAGGAAUCCGUGGAGGCCAAAAAGCAGCUGGACCUCCAAGAGGAGCAAUGCCACCACCUCAAGGAGCAACUCAAAGACAAAACUGAAACAGUACAAAGACUUAAGGAGCAGUUUGAAAAGGCAUCUUCUGAAGGAGCCAAGGAGACGCAGGCACUCAGAGAAGAGCUGGCCAAGACCCAGAAGGAGGCGAUGGUGUCCAAAGAGGAGCUGAGCAGCUGCAAGGAAAACUUGGAGAAGCUGCAGGAUCUCCUUCAGGAGCGAGAAUUGACCAUUAAUCAUCUUAAAGAAGAACUCCUACAACUGAAACCUGAAGAAAACAAAGCAGAAAAGACAAACCUUGUCAAGGAGCUCCAAGAGGUCCAAAAGAACAUGGAUUUCACUAAAGAAGAAGUUAGUAGCUUCAAAUCCCACAACGAGAAGCUACAGGAGGAUAUCCAGCUUCGUGAGGUUUCCAUUUUGAAGCUGAAAGAAGAGCUCCAGGAGGUCCAAAAGAACAUGGAUGUCACUAAAGAAGAGGUUAGUAGCUACAAAUCCCACAAUGAGAAGCUACAGGAGGAUAUCCAGCUUCGCGAGGUUUCCAUUCUGAAGCUGAAAGAGGAGCUCCAGGAGGUCCAAAAGAAUAAGGACACCACCAAAGAACUCAACAGUUAUAAAUCCCACAAUGAGAAGCUGCAGGAGGAUGUCAGACUUCGUGAAGAGUCUAUUAGUCGAUUGGAAGAAGACAUCCAAGAGGUCCAAAAUAACAUGGCCACCACCAAAGAAGAACUCAACAGUUACAAAUCCCACAAUGAGAAGCUCAUUGAGGACAUUCAGCAACAAAAGGUCAUUAUUUCCAAGCUCGAAGAGGAGAUCCAGAGGAAUCUAGACUCCACCAACGACCAAGUGAGCAGCUUCAAAUCCCACAAUGAGAAGCUUCAAGUGGACAUUCAGGUGUGUGAGGACUCCAUAUUGAAGCUCAAAGAAGAGCUUAAGGAAGUACAAAAUAAUAUGGACUCCACCAAAGAAGAACUCAACAAUUAUAAGUCCUUCAAUGAGAAGCUCCAGGAGGACGUUGAAACCCGUGAGGUCUCUAUUUCUAAACUCAAAGAGGAGCUCCAAGAGGUCAAAAAAAUGGUGGAUUGCACCCAAGAACUAAAAAGUGACAAAUCGUGCAAUGAGAAGCUUCAGGAGGAAAUUCAGGUGCAUGAGGUUUCUAUUACUAAAUUGAAACAGGAGCUCCAAGAGGUCCAAAAGACCAUGGACUUGACAAAAGAAGAACUCGAAAAUUACAAAUCUCAUAAUGAGAAGUUACAGGAAGAGAUUCAACUCCGUGAGGUCACCAUUUUAAAUCUCCAAGAGGUCCAGAAGAAUGUGGACUCCACUCUAGAACUUAGAACAGCCAAAACUAACAAUGAGGAGCUGGGUCUUCAUGAGGUCUCUGUCUCGAAGCUGAAAAAGGAACUCCAGGAGUUGAAAAAGUUUGCUGACACCACCAAAGAAGAACUGAGAAAUUCCAAAUCUCACAACGAGAAGCUAAAAGACGAGCUUCGAGAGGCACGAGCAGCUGCCACAAAGGCGGCUCACUCAUCCUCAGCGUCUCCCUCUCCCGCCGCGUCCCCUCAGCCGUCCUCCUCUUCCUCGUCCACCUCCCAACCCAAGAGAAAAGCGAGCAGCAAGCAGCCUCUUUCCAAAGUUACCAAAGAAAAGACCACGCCCGUUUCCCGAAAGAGCGCCGCGCCCUCCAGAACUCAAGAGCCGGCCGCCUCCAACGCCACCACGCAGACGGCUGCGAACGAGGACCUCCAAGAUGUUGUGGGGGAGUUUCGGGAGAAGGUGGUUCAGAUGCAGGAGCUUCACGCGGCUGAGAUCCUGGACAUGGAAGCCCGGCACAUCUCGGAGAGUGACGCGCUGCGCCGUGACGUGCAAAACUUGGAGGACGAGUGCAAAACACUCAAGGUUGUUAUUGACAAGCUGCGCUCCUCCGAGGUUCCCUUAUCAAGACAAGAUCGACUCCAGUCACAGUUCAAAGAUGGUUACACGAGUGAUAGUAGUUCAGACUACAGCCAGAGAACUGGAUAUGAUCUUCCCGUUGGACUUCAGCAGGAGUUUAGGGUGACACCCGAAGGUGCUGGAAGAGAUGCUGAUGAUUCAGUAUUACCUGACAGGAUCAAGUCGUUACUGCGUGAGGUCCACCAGGAGGGCAUGCACGUUCUGUCAUUGUCGGACCUUCCCGUUUCUGAAAGCGACCCUGGCGGUACUUCAAACUUGUGGCUUAAGGAGAGAGACGCUUUGCUUGCUACCGUGGAGUCACUUAAAGCCCUCAUCGCUCACAUGCAGACUACACAGAUUUCUGGCGAUUCUGCUGACUGGCGUGCGCAACUCUUGGAAGCGGUGCGCCAAGUGUUUGUAAGGGAACGUAGCGUGCUCAAAAGCGUCCUUUACAGCCAGUUGGACGAGAUGGACACAAGCGACGCUGUCAUACACCUUAACCAGUUGGAGCUCAAGCUAGCUGAGCAGGAUGCUCAACAUAAAGAGGCAAUGAGUUCCCUUCACGCCGCAGACCGCUCGAGCCUCAUGGCUGAGAUCUAUCCGCUACGGGUUCAGCUGGAGCGCUUUCAUCAAGGUGCACGACCCGCCGUCUUUUCGGGUGCGAAGGAGCAGGGACGGGGUGGAGACGCCGACGGCGCAACCCACACUGACAGGUUGCUGUUAGAAGAGCUGAAAGGGGAAUUGUCCCAGACCAAAAUAGAGCUGGAGACCACGCUCAUAUCACAGCAAAAGCAUCUCAAAGAACUCGAUGCGCUCAGGGCUGAAGUAUCACAAAAGGCCUCAGAGGUGGACGCACUGAACGAGCAGCUGUUGGAGGAGAGCCGGAAAGGUCGCGAACUUCAGUGGACCGUAGAGAAGGAGCGGUGUCGGGCAGGAAGGAGUGAGGAAAAUGCUCUUGAACAGCUGGAGGAUCUGAACCUGGCUUUGGAGGAGCAAAAGAGCCAAGCAGAACAGCUGACGGCCACCUUGGAGCAAGAACGGCAGGAGUCUUCCCGUCUAUGUCAGCAAGCCGAGAAGGAGAAACUGAGCUUCCAAAGGCGUCUUCGGGAGCUGCAAGUUCAACUGGAGACGCAGCAAGCAAAGGCUCAGGAGAUGAAGUCCGCAAUGGGCACGGCGAGGGAGCUACAUGUAGGCGGAAGCUCAACAAGCCCAGAGGAGAACCUUUUAGAAGGACUGCACAAGGAAUUGGAUGACAAGCAAGCACAGGUGUUGGAUCUCCUUAGCCAAAUAGAGGCUGUAAAGUUAGAGGUUCUGAGAAAAGACGAAGAGCUGAACCAAGUGGGACUUGAAUCCAGGCAGAACCACGAGGCUAUGCUGAAUGUCCAGGCCAGGCUGGAGAAGGCGGAAUCCAGGCUUUCAGAGACACGAAACCAGCUGGCGAACGAGGAAUCCCGGCGGAGAAACCUAGAGGAGGAUAAGAAACAACUUGAGGAGAGGUUUACUCAGGAUAGCAGCGCUGGACGGGGGACACCGCACGCUUCCCAACACCAACACCACCACGGGCCUUGGCGCACGGCAGACACCGUCUUGGGGAAACUGCACCUCGUUGCCUCCAAGAUCCGCAGCAUGGCGUGCGAGGGCGCUGCUGAAAUCAACAAGGAGGAGCUGUUGCUGCUCCAGUCCAGUGUUGAUGAUGUAAUCAGUAUGCUGCAGCAAUCUCCAGCUCUUCCCUCUAUCCCAGAGAGCGCCGCCCUGUUGGCGGGAGGCUCCUCUUCAAGCGCCUCCCUCACCGAGCGCCUCCUACGUCAGAAUGCUGAGCUCACGGGUUUCGUGGGCCGCCUGACAGAGGAGAAGAACGACCUGAGGAACCACUCGCUGCGCCUUGAGGAAGAACUCCGCUGCUGUCGGCAUGCAGGCGACACAUACAGCGGGCGGAGAGGAGCGUACAGGCUGGACUCUGCCGACGCAGUGCUGCUCUCACAGGAGAAAGAGGCCUUGAGUCAGGAGAAGGUCCACUUGGAGAAAGCCUUGGAUCAGGCCCUCGCUCAGGUGGCUCGACUCAAAGGAGAGAUUAGGACCGACACGCUGAGGCAGAUAACUGGACCGGAGGCGGACAACGCCGUGCUCAAGAGGAUGUAUGGUAGAUACCUGCGCUCAGAGAGCUUCCGGAAGGCUCUGAUCUACCAGAAGAAGUACCUAUUGCUGCUGUUAGGUGGCUUCCAAGAGUGCGAGGAAGCUACUCUGGCACUGCUCUCCCGGAUGGGCGGACGGCCCCCGGAAGGACUGGGCGGCGGAUCACGGUGGCAGCGCAGCAGAGGGCUGAUGCGUUUCCGCUCGGCUGUGCGCGUCUCUAUCGCCCUUUCCAGAAUGCGUUUCUUGGUAAAACGCUGGCACAAAACGACAGGCAUGAGCAACACUUCCUGUAUUGCCCAGAAAUGUGAAACCACAAGGAUUAUUGGCACCGACGGUAGAGAUUACCUCCACCCCGGUGUAGAUGUCUUCCGUGACCGAGGUGGGAGCUCAAACAGGGGACGCAGCGGGCGGGAAUCCCCCAGAUCGCCCAUCUCCGCCGCACAGCACAGGUUUCACGCGGCCGGAGACCCCGGGCUGCUCACGUGUGCCCACCUGCAGAGCUACGACCCCGACCGGGCCCUCACAGACUACAUAUCCAGACUGGAGGCCCUUCAGAGGAGACUGGGGAGUGUCACGUCAGGUGCUUCAUCUUCACUCGCUCCACUGCACUUCAGCUUGAGAAGAUAA